AGCCCUGUGUGUCUCCAGCCUCUUUGCCUGGCUGCAUUCUGGAGAAUCGUACUGAGAGACGCUGGGAUACAGUGAGCAGAGGAACUUUGCAGCGUGAAGAAAAUCACCUGUUUGGUUAACAGCAAAAAAACAAAACACAUGGACUUGAACAAACAAUUUAACAGGCACUGCUACAAAACUGCCGUCAAAUCAGACUGAUGCUGAACAUUACUCAAGAAAACUACAUCAUUUAAGGAGUUAAUUUACAUGGAUCUAUCUGAAUAUUGACACUCCUGGAAUUAUCUACAAUUGAACUGAAAAUACAGUGCGUUAAACACGCAGUUCUUUAGUGUCACUUGCAUGGUGUGUGACAGAACGUGGAUUACUCUUCAUGGGGUGUUCCAUUGUUUAUCCUUUGAUGAAUAGAUCUUCUUUAAUCUGUUCUAUUCAACAUUUGACAGGGAUUUUCUGGAGAUAAAUCCUCCCCAGCAGGAGCAGUGGAAUUGAUAAAGAUAUGAUCUCGUUAAGUAAAGAUGGUCGCGCCAUUAGCAAUACCAACGUGUUUUGGGAGUCCAAUUAGUCCAUAUUCGGAGGGAAAAUUCUACAAAUAAAUUCAUCUUAAAGAAUAACAAUAGGCAAACUCUUGUUUUUAUCGUAUUGCCAGGAUCUACUACUAUAUUUAAAACUAGGAUGGGUUUUAAUCCUGUUUUCCAUAAGAGAAUGUUCACUUUUUAAAAGAGAAGUGGAUUUUGGGAUACAUGGUGAAGCAAAAAAACAUGAUAAUGUAUGGAGAAUUGCUUUUAAACUCCAGCAAUGCCACUGAAGCUCAAGUGAUGAUUCAGACUAACACUCAUUACCUUAGCAGCACUCAAAGACCUGUGAGUGCCUCUGUACUCUAUAUGUCUACAGCAAAGGUGAUGAAGGAAGGGGGCAUGAAUAAACCAGACCUACUGACUUAUGUUGUUCUGUUUCUUCUUCUUUUUCUGACUGUGGCAAUAAUCGUACUUUUUAUUAAUUGUCAACUGAGGAAUUCAUUAUUUGCUGGUCUGCCUUAUGACAGGUCAAUAAGAGAAGCCAGAAGUCCAUGGAAAACACAGUCAGUCUGACUUGUGAUUCAAAAAAUGUCAUAAACAAUUUAUUAUUCUAUUUUAUUAUUAUUAUUAUUUUGUAAACAUAGCGUAAGAAAUGUUAGCUCUUUAUGAUUUAACCUUUUGAUUGCCAGUUUUUAAUAACAACUGACAUGACACCCCAUU